AUGAUCGCUAUGCUCUCUGUCGCUCUUGCCCUUCUUUAUACCUUUACUACCCAAGUCUCUGCACAGGCCCCACCCCAAGCUCCAGACAUGUUCAAUGUUUCGCUGGGGACUCAAAAGUUCUUUUACAACCAGUUGCUCGACUUUUCUUUCAGUGGACCUAUCAGUUCCUGCACUGAUAACUGUGCUUCAGUCAAGUCUAUCCUUGCAGGAACCAAUGGGGAUGCCCAGCAACUAUGCAAAAAUGAAACGGUCCAAUCACUUCUGGAAUGUGAACAAUGUAUGUUCACUGCCCUCAUCAAGAACAACAAGCCCAUGCCAGAUCUGAGGGCGGGUUCCACUCCUCUUCUUCAAAGUUACGCUACCUCUUGCACGGAACGAGCUAAGGUUACUUUUCCCCCGAAAAACAUUUCACUCGCUGUGCCUCCAACGUUUGACGGACCAAUGGACAUUUUCGUCCCAACUGUCGGCUUGGUCUUCACUGUCGGAACAGCGACUUUUCUUGCAACAUCUUCGAUAAUCCUGCUUUCCAACAUGUGA